AUAAAUUGUAUUCUGUAUGUUUCAGUGUAACUACAUUGUAAAUAGUGUAAAAUAGUUUGCAAGAGGAUGAGUGCAACAGCCCGUUCCACCCCAAGGGGUGGGAAGAACGCUAAAGUGGAGGCAACAUCCACCCCCAAAACACAGAAGCUGGAUGUAAACAAGACAGAAACUCCUAAAGUAAUAGGGUUGGACAAAUCUCAAGUUCCGACAGCAGAACAGAUGAGGAUGGCAGAGAUCAUGGACACAAAGAAGGAUGAUUUGGUAUCAAAAGACAUAAUAAAACAGGUGAUGGAUCUAACCCAAAAGACAGAGGAUGAAGCACUUACGGCGCUCCAUGACUGCGAUUACGACGUCAACCGAGCAAUCAACUAUCUUCUUGAGGGGAGCCCUAAGGUUAUGUGGUCAACGUCAGUCAUGAAAAAGAAAAAAAAUAGGACAGCGAGCACUAAUAAGGCAGAAGGACCAGUGAACAACCACGUGGGAGGGAAUGGAGAGGAGGGAGAUUGGGAGCCGGCUCAGAGUGAAGUGAGCACAACUACAACGGGGGGACGGGGAAGGGAGCGGCCCCGACAACGGGGCAGUGGACCUCCCCGUCUUCGUGGUCGUGGUUCCAUGGAGAGCAGAGGAUGGAGAGGAAGGGAGAACAAAGAAAAUGAGCGCAAUUUGGAAGACAACUAUAAUAGUGAACGGGGUUCGGGUGGGGGCCGGAGAGGAGAAAGAGGGGGGCGUAUGUCAAAUGGUCCAGGACGGGGGGGCCGUGGUGGGCGAGGUGGGGGUAGAUUAGGCUCCCGUACCUUCCAAAGCCGAGACAAGCCUGGACAGGGCUUCCCACGAUCCAUUGACACCUGGAACAAUCCUUCAGCAGAGGAUGCGUCAGGUGAAAAAAUGGAAAAUUGGGAUAAUGGACCUUCGGAAGAUUGGGAUGCGGAAGAGUUCAAAAACAAAAAUGAAACCUGGGAAGACGGGUUUCCAUCACCUGAGGACUGGGACAAUGAGGAAUACACGGGUUCUCUGGCUGAUAGUAAGGUAUUUACGGCAUCAUCAGGUCCUGAGCCUACGACGGCCCCACAGCCCCUGCCGGCUGAACCCCCGGUGGAUGCCAGCCUUCCUGAGUGUGACCAGACUGCCACUGCCCCGCCGCAGCCCCAGCCCCAACCUCUCGUGUUGGACAUGCAGCCUCCACAGGUAGCUCCCCAGCCACAAGCUCGCCCACCGCAAAUGACUCCUAGCCCUGUGGCGGUGGGUACAUUAACUCCGGCCCAGACACAGUACCUGAACCAGCUAGCACAGUCCAGUGAGAGCUACAAGUCAGCAGUAGGCCUGGGGGUGGCUGCUGCUUCGUUUGCCCAACAGCCUCCUACACAGCCGCCCCAGCAGUAUCCUGCUCAGUACCCCCCUACUUCUGUGCCGUUCUCAUCAAGUUAUGGGGUAACGGUUAACAGCUACAGUUCCUCGCUCCAAGAUGUGACGCCCAUUCCGACCUCGCAGCCACUUCCUGCCAGGACUAAGCAGCAGAAACCUAGAGUUCCUCCUCCUUCUAAGAUACCAUCAAGUGCUGUAGAGAUGCCACCAGGAGAUGCAAUCGCCGUGGCGCUACUGGAUGUUCAGUUUGGUGGUCUAGAGUUUGGCUCUGACACGUCAUCACUGGACACCUCCACUACUCUAGAAACGACUGGCACAACGACCACUGCUCCCACAUCAGUCCCUGCUCCCUCUGCUCCUACGUCUACGUCUGUAGCAGCGUCAGUGGCAUCCAUAAUGGAAUCUUAUGCCACUUCGGUGUCAAACACCCAGCAACAAACGAACCUCGCUAACGCUCUUGCGCAAACACAAAAGUUGACGCCGGGAGAGUCAAUGCUACAGGCGGAAGCGGUAGUGACUCAGGGGAGUGGAUACAACCAGCAGAGCACGCCCAGACCAGUCAAUACUGCAGUAAGCAGCGUGCUCACGGAACUUAGCAACAGUACAGCCAAGUCCUCAGCUGUUGACACAACACUUUCCUAUAAUUCCACUGACAGCAAUCUGUACCAGUCGCAGGCCUACCAAAAGCCCACAGCGGCUGCCACCUACCAGACACCUGUGUCUGUUUCCUCCACUUACAAUUCCUCUAGUUAUUCCACAUCACAGGUGACAUCGAGUAGUACAGGAUACAGUUCACAGACGACGGGCUACACCAACAGCGGUAGUUACGGGAACAAUGCAGUGUCACAAAGUGCACCCUCUUCAUACCCAUCGUAUAGUGGAAAUCAGACAUCAGCGUCUGCAUACUAUACAAGCUAUCCUGCCAACAACUACCAUAGCUCUGGUCAGCAGACGUAUCCGUACCAGAGUGGUGGGGCUACCUACCCGUAUCAAAACAGCAACUACCCACCGUCCGCCACGCAGCAGAACCACAAGAUUAAUGCCGCUCUUAACUCUACACAGGGCAAAGACUCACAGUACGAGAGUGGUCAGGUCAGCAACAGCAGUAUACCAGCCGUAUCUACGGUGAGCUCUGCACCAUCACUGGGUCUGUCGGCUACUAGUCAGACGGUGGCUUCCACCAAGGUCACAGCCCUCUCGACAGGUACCAACAAGAGCGGAAUCGUGGCCAAUAUUCCCCCUCAAGUGCCUCCAAUGAUCAACACCCAAUACAUCAUGAGCCAAGCGGCAGGCCUGCCGUACUUCCAGCAGCCUAUGUUCAGCUAUGAUGAUGCUCUGAUGCUGCAGCAGAGGAUAGCAGCGGGGCCGCCCAUGCCAGCUGGUUACUUCGACAUGAGUUUCCAGCAGCAGCCUACAAGUCUGGGUACAGGCCGGGAUGGUAGCCUGGGUAAUGUGGCCUACUCCAUGUCUGAUGGCAGGUUCGCACGUGCAGACAACAAUGCUUCACCCGUCCCCUCCACACUGUCACAACAGACGCAGGGUCAUCAGCAACCCAUGCUCAACCCUACUGGCCUGCCUCCAGGUUAUACAUACAUCUACGGCAGCUUCCCCACCAAUUUCCAGUAUGGCACUCCUGCACUCUAUCCUAUGGCACCAACGGCGGCAGCGGGUAACUCUACCAGUGGCCAGUACAAGGCACCUACGUACGGCUCGGCAGCUGGCUACAGCUCCGGCUAUGAGGCAGGGACUGACGGCUACAAAGUAGGCAGUGCUGGUUACACAGGCUCUCCAGCACAGACCAAAGCCAGUGGUACCCCCACCACUUCUUCAGACAUGUACACUAAGGGCCAUGCCACACUUAACAAAGUUAACUCAUAUGACAAGGCCGUGUUCCACAGUGGCACACCUCCACCAUUCAACCUGGGGGGCAGCCAGUCGGCAGGGCUAGCCCACAGUGGCACUUAUGCCCCCCCUCUGUUCAUUUCCACCCUGCCACCCCACCAACAACAUGCGCACUCAGCGGCAACGCUCAUGCACUCUCAUCAACCUCUUCAUCAGAUUGAAAUGAGGAAUCAUGGGAGACGAAUGGAUGGUGCCAGCAAUGCGGGUCCUCGGUCACAAGCCACAUCUCAGCCAAACAAGGCCGCCACCAAGCAGCCCAACUAUAGCCCAUCCUUUUGGGCGACCAGCUCCUAGACUUCGGCUGGCGAAUCUCACCACCCCCACCCUCUUAUCAUUGUUAUCAACGGGGUGUGUUAUGUUUAAAUAAUCGCCCUGUCUCUCAGUUGUGGUGCGAUUGUGAUGCUCUUCUUUUCCUGUAUAAUUCUUUGUUGUUCUACGGGCUUUGCACUCUGAAUGUCGCCUCUUGAAUGUUUUCGUCGGGGACGUCGUUUCUGAUGAUCCUUCGCGGAGGACUUGUACGAAGGAAUUUGCAUAAUGUAUUAUAUGUGUAGUCUAGAUUUUGUUUUUCGUAAAUAUUACUGAUUUAAUCAUUAUUAAUACGAGAUAAAUUGUAUUAUUUUUCGCUGUAUUUUCUAAUGCAUUUUUGUAGUCGGCAUGAAGAUAAAUUAAUUUAUCACUUGUCUCCUUGUACAUCAAAAAUAAAAGUAAAUAUUGAAGUUAAACUGUUACAUUCGGGUACUUUUUUUGUUGAUUUUGCCAAAGACCCGUGUAAAUACGGUUUCACAAGCCUGAGAUUUCUUAAUUUUAGUUGAGUUUAACAGUCAAUAAAAAAUAAGACUGAUUUUAAUUAUAAUAGACACUUGUGAUUUUCCCUUAAAUUAAUUGUAUCAUUCUAGUGUUGUGAUAAGAUAGCAAAGCUUGUGAAAUUGUGUUGAUACGAGUCGGUGGAGACUGCCAACCCCGAAUGCUCUGUGUAUGGCCACAGUCAUGUAUGUAGACUAUAGGUAAGACUGUGGAUAGUUUGCGGUUGGUCAAAUUAUAUUGUGUAUUUAUAUUUACUAAUCAUAACUCGACAGUGACAUUUCAUUUAAUACAAAAAGAUAUUUGCUAAAGUCAA